AUGGGUAGGGUGAUUCGCAGUCAACGUAAGGGUGCCGGUGGAGUAUUCAAGGCACAUACAAAACACCGCAAGGGACCAGCCAGGCUGCGAGCCGUUGAUUUUGCAGAGCGCCAUGGAUAUAUUCGUGGUGUCGUGAAAGAAAUCAUUCAUGACCCCGGCCGGGGAGCACCGUUGGCACGCGUUGCCUUCCGCGAUGUGUAUUCCUACAAGCUAGUAAAACAACUUUUUAUCGCUGCUGAAGGUAUGCACACGGGUCAGUUCGUGUACUGUGGGAAGAAGGCCAAGCUCCAGAUUGGUAAUAUCCUGCCUAUCGGCUCGAUGCCCGAAGGUACUGUUGUUUGCAAUUUGGAGGAGAAGCGCGGUGACCGUGGACGAUUGGCCCGGGCAAGCGGCAAUUAUGCCACCGUUGUUGCCCAUAAUCCGGACACUAAACGCACCCGUGUGAAACUACCUUCCGGUGCGAAGAAAUGGCGAACCGCGCAAGGCCCCGAUAGGUUAGGUGUGGUUUUAGGCCGGACAGCACCCGUUGAACAUCCUCACGGUGGUGGUAACCAUCAACAUAUUGGUAAGCCAUCCACCAUCCGACGAGAUGCAUCGCAUGGUCGCAAGGUUGGUUUGAUCGCCGCUAGGAGAACAGGAAGAAUACGCGGGAGACCCUCCAAAUUUUCAUGA